UUCUGUACUCUUGUUAGUACAGUUAGAACCUGGUGUCGGGACGUGAAAGCUAUCAAGCAAUGUUGAACAGGCGCAAUGGGUUGAACAAAGUUGCACGAGUGGCCUCCCGUCGCUCAGUUGCUCCUUCCAGUCUCGCAGCAAUAAGGUGUUAUAGUUCGCAACCAGAUCCGAAUGACGUCGCAAUUCUGGGUGGUGGCAUCACUGGUCUUGCAACUGCACACUAUCUCUCCCAAUCGAACCCGAAUCGCAAAGUCACCAUCUACGAAAGCUCUCCACGACUAGGAGGUUGGUUGCACACAGAAAAGGUGGAAAUAGAUGAUGGUCACAUUCUCUUCGAAAAGGGGCCGCGGACACUUCGCCCGGCUGGCAAUGGCUCUCUUACCGCUCGUCUGGUGAACCAACUUGGUCUUGAAGACGAGACCAUCUUCACCAUGAAGACGGCUCCUGCCGCCACCAAUCGCUACCUUUACUAUCCGGAUCAUCUCGUUCGAGUUCCGCAGCCAGACAAGAAGCUAGGCUUCAUGGCGAAUGCAACUGCGCUCGCGAACACCUUUACAUACGAACCCGCCUUCCAAGGUAUCCUUGGACGUCUUGCUCUCGAGCCCUUCCGUCCCGCUAGAGACUCCAGUGUCACAGAUGAGUCCGUCGGUGACUUCUUCGCGAGACGUAUAGGCCGAAGGCUUGUCGAUCAAGUCAUGUCGGCAGUCGUCCACGGCAUCUAUGCUGGUGAUAUCUAUCAACUCAGCAUGAAGAGCUUGUUCCCCAGUCUAUGGAGACUGGAAGAGGAAUCUGGAAGUCUAGUCACUGGGUUGCUGCAAAAUAUGGUCGAAGGAGCCAAGGUCCCUGCAAAAGAGUUGGAGUUCAUGAUGGCCAUGAAGCAACCGUAUCCCUUCGGCAAGGAAUUCCGAAAGAACUUCCGGAGAUCUAACGUCUUCACGUUCCGUCAUGGUAUACAACAGCUGGUCGACACCCUGGAAGCAUCCCUCAAAAAGUCGCCAAAUGUCAUCUUCCAGUUGAACCAGGAAGUCACCGACAUCAAGAACACAGAGCAGAACGUGCAGCUCGAAGCCAAAAGCUCAACAGAGGGAAGCACCUCGAAACACAACCAUACUCAUGUGAUUUCUACUCUUUCCCCGGACAAGACAUCACAGGCCGCUUCUUCGAUGAACCGCGGAUUUUUGAAAUUGCCUGUAUGUCCGACACCAACAGUAAUGACAGUCAACUUAUACUACCGCACACCCAACCUACACCCUUCUGGCUUCGGAUACUUGAUCCCACUUGGUAUCCCUAUCGAUCAGAAUCCGGAGCGCGCUCUCGGUGUUACAUUCGAUACUGCCUAUGCUGCUGGAACACCGGGCGAUGAAGACUUUGUUGGCCCUAUGCAAGACACAGUGUCCAAACGAGGAACAAAGGUCACAGUCAUGCUUGGUGGUCACUAUUGGGAUGGCUGGUCAUCUCACCCCUCAAACGAUGAGGGUCUACAAAUGGCACAGUCCAUCAUGGAGAGACAUCUCGGCGUCACUGAAAAGCCUGCCGCUCAUUCGGUCAAUCUCAACUACAACUGCAUUCCCCAAUAUACUGUUGGAUUCGAGGACCGAGUGAGCAAGUUCCACGAUGAACUCUCAUUACGUUAUUCUGGUCGCUUGAGAGUUGCUGGUAACUGGGUGAGAGGUGUCGGUGUCAACGACUGCAUCAGAAGCGCUUGGGAUGUUGCCAGAGAUUUGGACACCAGCGGUCUGACUGGACUGGAGUAUAUUGUCAAACCAAAGCAGUGGCUCACAGUCAAGGUGAAAAAGAGUUGAUAAAAAAUAUCAAAUCCUGUACAUUCAAUGCUGGUUUCUUGGUUUGCACGUGUGUCUUUUCACAAUCGCAUUUGUUGGCACGCUAGGAUGUCUCCAUCACGAGCAAAGUCUAGGCAUUCACUUAUCGUAGCUCGGGAAAAUACGACCUAAACACAGACAGCCCUUUGCUAAGGCUAUCUACGGUGAUGCAUUCGUGCCGGUCAGACAUGAUGACAUUUCACCCUCGAUCGGCGUUUGCAGGGAAGUUUNG